UCGCGAGAGUCCGGUCGCGGGCUUCCCGGGUGUAGGAGGUGGCUGAGGAUCAGGCGGCGGGCUGCCUUUUUUCUCGCCCGGAGGAAGGUUUUCCUAUUACUGUCUCAUCGCACAGCCCACCUGGUGAUCACUCUUCACCAGGGCUCCAAAAUUAGCCUUGCCUGCUGUCCUUCCUCCAGCAAAACACUCACUUCAGUGCCCAGCAUUUCAGCCAGUUGAUUCAUCCAUAAAAUGGAGAGAACAACACCUCACUUGUGGGGUCAAUGUGGAGAGGAGAUGAAAUAAUGAAAGCAUUUAAAGUGUCAUUUGGGGACUUCCCUGGUGGCACAGUGGUUAAGAAUCCGCCUUCCAAUGCCGGGGACACAAGUUUGAGCUCUGGUUCAGGAAGAUCCCACAUGCCAUAGAGCAACUAAGCCCGUAUGCCACAACUACCGAGCCCGUGUGCCGCAACUACUGAAGCCCGCGUGCCUAGAGCCCAUACUCCACAACAAGUGAAGCCACCACAAUGAGAAGCCCGCUCACCACAACGAAGAGUAGUCUCAGCUCGCCGCAACUAGAGAAAGCCCACACGCAGCAACGAAGACCCAAUGCAGCCAGAAAUAAAUAAAUAAAAUAAAAUAAAGUGUCAUUUAGCAAAAAUUAGGCUUUUAAUAAGGAUAGCCUUAAAAAAGAAGGGGUGAUUGGGACUUCCCUGGUGGUCCAGUGGAUGAGACUCCGUGCUCCCAAUGCAGGGGGACUGAGUUUGAUCCCUGGUGGGGGAACUAGAUCCCACAUGCAUGCCAAAACUAAGAGUCCGCAUGCUGCAACUAAAGAUCCCUCAUGCCGCAACAAAGACCCGGCACAGCUUAAAUAAAUAAAAUAAAUAAAUAAAUAUUUUUUAAAAAAGAAAGAAGGGAUGAUGACUAGUUGUCUUUGCUGGGUCAAAGAUGGCCGUCAGACAAAGUAGAUGAAGAGGAUUCCAGGGCAUGGCAGAGACAAAAGACAUCACCGAAAGGUCUCUUACUCCAUGAAGUAUAAAGGCGAAUUCAAAGAGCAAAGUCAGAGCCCAAGUUUUCAGCCUAAAUUGUACAAAACUGAGGAAGGGUGGAGACUAAGAAUGAAACUCCUUUGAAUAUAUGAGAUAUUCUCGGCCUGGUCCAAGGCCCAAAGCAUCCAUCCAUAAGUCUUUGUUGGAGUGAUUACACCUCUGCUGGGAACAUGGGCGUACCAAUAUCUCUUCAAGGUCCUGCUUUCAAUUCUUUUGGGUAUGUACUAAGAGGUGGAAUUGCUGGAUCAUAUGUUUUGCAGUUCAGAUUGGGAAACGUUCUCUUCUCUUUAUGGGUAAACUGGCUCCACCCAGCUGCUGAAAUGAGAUAUAAGUUGUAACAAAACCGGAAGUUGGACAGGCUGCGUUUGCUUCUCGAGGAAUUUGAUGGAUGGCAUAAUGGAGGUCCCAGUUAGAAGACAGAACAUGGUGAGAAAAAAAGUGAGAUGGCAGUUCCUGGAUUUACCCUUGGUGCCUUCAUACUUCUGUUGCUCGUUAGUUCUGUGGCUAAUUAUCCUAAUGGAAAAGUAACGAAGUCGUGCCGUGGAAUGAUUCCUGAACAUGGUCAUACUCCACAGUCUGAUCCCACUUGCCGCAUCUCAGUGAGUCAGAUGACAUUCAGGCCAGGGGAUCAGAUCAAAGUUGCUUUGUCAGGGCCACCAUUUAAAGGCUUUCUCUUAGAAGCACGUGAUGCUGAGAAUUUGAGUGGCCCUCCUAUUGGCUCCUUUACAUUGAUUGACAGUCAAGUGUCACAGCUUCUGACCUGUGAAGAUAUACAGGGAUCAGCUGUGAGUCACACAAGUCCAUCCAAAAAAACAGAAAUUAAAGUCUAUUGGAAUGCUCCAAGCAGUGCCCCAAAUCACAUAAAGUUUCUAGCCACAGUUGUUGAGAAGUACAAAAUCUACUGGGUGAAGAUUCCUGGUCCUAUAAUUUCACAACCAAACGUCCUUCCUUUUACAACACCUAAAGCUACAAUAGCAUCUAUGCCAACAUUACCUCCAGUCUCCCAUUUAACCAAAUCAUUCAAUGCUUCAGAUUGUGGGAACAAGAAGUUCUGUAUUAGGCAUCCUUUGAACUGUGACCCGGAGAAGGAGCUUGCCUGUGUCUUCUUGUCCUUCACACGAGAUGCCAAGUCAGUGAUGGUUGAAAUGAGAGGUCCCAGUAAAGGCUAUUUAUCCUUUGCAUUUUCUCACGACCGAUGGAUGGGUGAUGAUGAUGCUUAUGUGUGUAUUCUUGAAGAUCAGACUGUGCACAUACAACCUUCCCAUCUGACAGGGCGAAGUCACCCUGUAAUGGACUCCAGGGAUCCUCUUGAGGAUAUGGCUUGGAGGUUGGCGGAUGGUGUUUUGCAGUGUUCUUUCAGAAGAAACAUUACCCUUCCUGGGGUUAAGAAUAGAUUUGAUCUAAAUGCAAGCUACUACAUAUUUCUAGCAGAUGGUGCAGCUGAUGAUGGUCGGAUUCAUAAGCAUUCUCGGCAACCUUUGAUUACAUAUGAAAAAUACAAUGUGACAGGCUAUCCAGAGAACAUAGGAGGAUCCCAUUCUUUACUCCUUCUGAAGGUUCAUGGGGCCUUAAUGUUUGUGGCAUGGAUGACUACAGUUAGCAUAGGUGUACUGAUUGCCCGGUUCUUCAAACCUGUUUGGUCAAAGGCUUUGUUUGGUGAUGCAGCUUGGUUUCAGGUACAUCGAAUGCUCAUGCUUACUACUUCUGCCCUCACUUUUAUUGCUUUUCUUCUCCCUUUUAUUUACAGAGGAGGCUGGAAUUGGCAUGCAGGUUAUCACCCAUACCUUGGUUGUAUAGUGAUGAUUUUAGCAGUUCUUCAGCUUCUUUCAGCAGCCUUCAGACCACCUUUACAUGACCCAAGAAGGCAAAUGUUUAACUGGACUCAUUGGAGUAUGGGAACAGCUGCUAGAAUAAUAGCAGUGGCAGCAAUGUUCCUGGGAAUGGAUUUACCAGGAUUGAAUCUUCCUGGGCCAUGGAAAACCUAUGCAAUGAUUGGAUUUGUAGCCUGGCAUGUUGGGACAGAGAUUGUUCUGGAGGUACACACUUACCGGCUCUCUAGAAAAGUUGAAAUAUUGGAUGAUGAUAGAAUUCAGAUCCUCCAGUCAUUUACUGCAGCUGAAGCAGAAGGCUUCCCUGGUGGCGCAGUGGUUGCGCGUCCGCCUGCCGAUGCAGGGGAACCGGGUUCGCGCCCCGGUCUGGGAAGAUCCCACAUGCCGCGGAGCGGCUGGGCCCGUGAGCCAUGGCCGCUGAGCCUGCGCGUCCGGAGCCUGUGCUCCGCAACGGGAGAGGCCACGACAGAGGGAGGCCCGCAUACCACAAAAAAAAAAAAAGAGUGUCUUUAUAUAUUCAGUUACAGAGCUAAAAUGGCAUUUUAUAUGCUAAUUGUUUUGACUCUGAGGUUGUCUUAGCCUUUGGAGAUUGUAGACUUGCAUUUCAAAAUUAAUAAAAUUCACUCUUGUGAACAUAUUUAAGAGUUAUUCUUUGUCCUUGUGGUAAUAAAAUAACAUGGGUGGUUCUGUUUUGUUAGAAGAUCCUGAUGCUAUAAUGAAUUAGAAUUAUCAAUGUUAUUUCCCUUCCGGUUCCAAUAAUUUCUAUUUUAUGACUGGGUCUCAUGUUUGCUAUGAGGACUUCUAGCCAGUGGGUGGCGCCAUAAUACUACUGCUUUGUUACUGUUCACUUGUGCUGAUUCAUUUUUAGUACUUAGAUAAUAUCUUGGGAUGGCAUUUCUCUUAAAAUUCACCAACUCUUAAUAUUUAUUUGAAAAAUUUCUGUCUUUUUUUUUGCCUAACAGUUAUAGGUUACAAACUGAAAUUAGGGACCAAUGUUGUUAUUUUCUGGUUUCAAUUCUAUUUGUUUUCUAACCAUGAUUGUUUGUAACCGUUGUUUGAUACUUCCCUUUACAUUCCUGUGACCCUGUAACAAAUGAACAUAACUAGUUUAGGCAGAGGAAACAAGCAAAACUUUACAUUCUAAAAAUAAAAAGUUUAGGGAGGCAUAUUUUACUUUUUUAGGUGUUCUUUCUGAUUGGUCCAAGGACCUAAAUUCUAUCUGGUAUAAAUAAUAGCCUCAGCGAUGUAUCUUACAUCUUUCACUGGGUAAAAUAAUAUGUUUUUGUUCUUUAUACAGGUAUUUAUCAUAAGUAGCUUAGAGUUUGAGAUGUGAACUUUCCGUGUUUAUGUUCUAUAAGUGCCAGGCUAUUUACAGUCUAAAAUUUCCUUUUGAAUGUCUUUAUUUAAAAACAUUUUGUUUAGUAUAGAAAGUUAAAUGUAUACUAAAAUAUUUUCCUCUAAUUUUCAAUUAUUAGGGGCCUAAAGGUUAAUAAAAUUCUCUUAAUAAAUUAUAUUAUACAUUUGACAAGGAAAGAUUUGUUUAAGGAGAAGAUGAACCUUAGUGGGUUUCGUUUUCAAAUAUGUGAGCUUGCUGGAUUUCCAGUGCUGAGGCUAACCUAUUUUAACUUUUCUUUUUCAUUGAUUCAUCUGUUGGCACUAUUUUGAUAUAUCAUCAAUUGAUAUACAGAGGUGUCCAAAUAAGUCUUUGUCAUCUAACCUUAGUAGACCAACAAACCUUUUCAUUAAUAUCAAACUAUGAUUCUUCUGUUUAUGAAUGGUUGACAUCUACAAAUUGAAAAUGCCUGUUCGUUGCUCCUCUCAGUUUUCCUUCUUGUUUUUGUAAUAAACAACCUGUUUUUUUAAAGAUAUCUUUUGAUAGGAGUAAUUGUUAAACUAAAUGUCUUUAUAUCUUCAGCAAUGUUGCCCCAAAUAGCAAAAUCAUGAGUUUUCUUCUUAAAGAUGGGUUCUUCUAUAAAAUAAAAAUAACUACUUAUUUUUGAAAAAAAAAGUGAAACAAAUUCUAGAAAGUUGUGGUUUGGGUAGCAUUCAUAACUGAGGCUAUUUUUGUUUUUAUUAUUUUCUUUUUUUUUUUUUCUUUUUUUUUUUGGUACGCGG